GAUUGCGAACGAACGAACGAGCGAGUGAGGGAGCGAGGCGGCCUGAUGGUCCACGGCCGCGCCGCGCUCGUCUCCUCGGGCUUUUAAUUCAGGUCAAGAUUAUCCUCGCCUUUUUAGACGCACCCCCGGCCCCGACGCGCGAGCGCGCGCGCGCACCUAUCGAGGACUGCCUUUUAUGGUUCGGUAUUUGAAAGCAAGCCAGACAGCCGCUGCCCGCGGGCGUUUGUGGAGAAUUUAAUCGCGUUCUCGUCUUCCCCGCCGAGACUUGCCGAUUAUUCUUGUUUUACUCUCUCGCGAGUCAUGUGCAUUGUUGACGCGAGGCGCGCUUAGGAAUUGACGGAUGUAAGACGGUCCCGGUGUUCUGGCGUUGUUCGUGUUGCUACAGCAGAGCCGCUAAGUGCUAUAGAGUCUCGUUUCUCUCCAUACAAAAGUGCCAAGAUGUACGGCUUUGGCUAUCAGGAGCUGGCUAAUAGAAUGAUGUCAUCUAUGGAUGAAUUCCAGGAGGCGUUUCAGUUGUUUGACAGCCGCGGGGACGGCAAGAUCCACGUGUCCCAAAUCGGUGACGCGUUACGCGCCCUCGGUCAAAAUCCUACCGAGUCGGACGUGAAGAAGUUCACUCAUCAGCACAAACCGGACGAGCGUAUCAGCUUCGAGGUAUUUUUGCCAAUCUACCAGGCGAUCAGCAAGUCCCGUACCUCCGACACGGCGGAUGACUUUAUCGAGGGCCUACGUCACUUCGACAAGGAUGGAAACGGUUUCAUAUCUUCCGCGGAGUUGCGACACCUUCUGACGACGCUCGGCGAGAAGCUCAGCGACGAGGAAGUGGAAACGUUACUGGCGGGUCACGAAGAUUCACAGGGUAAUAUCAACUACGAAGAUUUUGUCCGCCAGGUUAUGUGCGGCUAAAUCCAGCUACUUAAUCGCACAUAAGAGAGUAUUUAUCGUUUACUUUGCCAUUUAUCCAUCGAAUCUGUUGAAGCGUUUUAUUUUUGAAGUAUCAUAUCAUAGCAUGUGUACCUAUAUGGCGAUUUAUCUCGAGGGAACCCCUAAUGUGAACACUAUUUUAUUACGUACCACGGGAAGAAGGUUAGUCCCUUUUAUAUAAGAGUCUAAAUUAGUUAAACAAUGGUAGGUAAAGAACAAUCUAGCGCAUUGUGCCUUGACGUAUACUCCGAUUUACGAGCAUUUAGUGAUAUCGAUAGUAGGACAUAUGCCUAUUGUGCGAUCAUUCAGCGAGACAUUCUGAAUUCCGCGGACAUUCCAAAUUCUUGUAAGAUAGACUUUGAGAAACCGACGUCUCCGGCCUUUGAGGGCGAGGGCCGAGCAUUUCGAUUUACGCCAAUACACUUAAUGGGCCACGUACUUUUAUCCCUCUCCCUCUCCCAUCGAGUUCAAUACAUCUUCUGUGUAGUUAAAAUGUAUGUUCGGGAAUCUUCCACAUCUACUGUUACAUGCCCUAGAAAAAGUGCGCGGAGAGUAUCCACUUUAUUUAUUUAAGCAUGAGCGUAUUUAUGUCUCCGAAAUGCGCAAGAAAAGAUUAUUGUACAUUGCGAUUAAUAAAAAGAAAAAAUUGCUCGAAGAAUUCGUCGUGAAACUUCAA